GUUCACACACAACCCCGUAACAACAGAUUUAGCGAUGACACAAACCCAGCACACGACGCGCAGCUGCAGCAGCAGCAGUAGCAGCAAUGAUUUACAGCAUGCGCAUCAGCGACGUCGCCGUCAAAUGUCAACGCAGCUGUUAACAUUGUUUUUGUUACUUUUGAUCAGCUGCAGUGCCGCUGCGACUGCGCAGUCACGUUUCUUCUACAACUCAGCCGAUGCACAGGGCAAGGUUCGUACGCAGCGACAGACAAGCGUUGACGCCGCUGCCACAGUCGCUGCCGAUGAGACAGCAGAGGCGACAAGCUGCUGCCAGGGCGCAGCAGCAGCAUCUGUGGAGCCUGUUACGCUAUCGCUGGAUCUGAGCAAUGUGACUGCAGAUUAUGGCGAGACUGAAGGCUCUGGUGAAUCCUCCAAAGAAAACUUCAAACGCAGCGUGGCACGUGCUGCUGUGCGGAAUGCACCACCCGCAAGUUGCUCGCCACAACCGACAAUUGUGGAACUGAAGCCCCCAACGGACGGACAGGGGGGAGAGCAGUCGGGAGGAGGGAAUGUGUAUUAUUCUCCCGCCUGUACGAGAAUUAAUCGGUGCAACGGAUGCUGCGGCUCCACGCUGAUCUCGUGCCAAGCGACGGAGACGGAGACGUUGCAGCUGCGCGUGCGGAAAGUGGAGCGUUCGGGGGCAAGCAGCAAGCGGGGCUAUGCGAUUGUCACCGUGGAGCAGCACUUGGCUUGCAAAUGCGACUGUCGGAUCAAGGCCGAGGAUUGCAAUACGUAUCAGGAGUACCGCAAGGAUCUGUGCCGUUGCGAGUGCCAAAACACAGAUGCCCGCGACAAGUGCCUCGAGCAAUCGGAUCACAAAUAUUGGGACGAUGCCAAUUGCACCUGCGCCUGUCGAUACAACCAAAGCUGCACCACCGGCACCGUCUUCGAUGAGACGCAGUGCAAAUGCACCGAUCCUUCAACUCCCAGAGAUAUUGCGGAUCGCAGACGCUUCAUUGUACAGGCGGUUGCCGUGGAACCCGACAACAGCACCCUCUAUAGCGUCUAGGGAUCCUGGACCUGCCAGCUGGAUUCGGAAAUGUUAAAGUCCUGUCAGGCGAUUGUACUGAUGUUGAAGCAUACACAAAUUCCGAGUGCUUUAUGUAAUUGUAUUUAUAAACAAAAAACAAAUAUGAAAAAAUACUAUAGCUUUACUACUUAAAUUACCACAAAUUCAUAGAUUUCAGUAUUUUCCCUAACCCUUAUCUUUUUGUUGUUUUUAAUCGCUUUUUUCAUCUGUAUUUUUUUCUUUUGUUUAUUCGCAACAAUAAUUCGUACAUUCCAUUUGCCUUUUUUGUGUGCUAUUUCCUUGGCUUAAUUAAGUUUUAAAUUAAUCCCCAUUUUAAACAUAGUUUUUUUUGUCUAAAUAGCUUUAAGUGAUCAAUUAAUUGUCUUCUUUGUAUGAAAUAGUUUUUAGGCUCUCCAUUAUUAUUAUUGAAUUUUCUUAUAAUGAUAAUUUAGUAUUAUUAAUUUUUGUUCGUUUUUUUCAUUGUUAAAUUCCGCAUAAUGAGAGAAUAAAGAAGAUGAGUUAAAUAAAUAAAGUUGUAAAAAUCGAUUUUAAACGAUUAAUCAACA